CCCUAACUAUCGUUGGUGAAGGGGCAGGUCUGCCAUCUUUCUCCUUUUCGCGCAGAAUCUGGACUCUUAUCGACUAUGAUUAGCACUCGUCUACAAAGCAGCAUUCUUUCGGCUGCUCGUGGUGCCGCCGAUUUGUGCUAUGUCUCUGCUCGACCAUUAGCUGGACCCUCAUCACUCGUGUCCGUCCGGUCAUUAUCCACCAGGCCUAAUGUUACAUCGAUCCGGGCUCCACGACUGGCCGUCCUACCACGAGGAAUAUCACGUAGGGGAUACGCAGCGGAAGCUAGCAAGACAUUCCAGCGUAGUAAACCUCAUUUCAAUAUCGGUACCAUUGGUCAUGUCGAUCAUGGAAAAACCACCCUGACAGCUGCGAUCACCAAGCUUAUGUCUGAGCAGGGAGGUGGGAAAUUCAUGGACUAUAGUCAGAUCGAUAAGGCUCCUGAAGAAAAGGCUCGAGGGAUUACCAUCAGUACGGCGCACGUGGAGUAUGAAACGAAAAACAGGCAUUAUGCACACAUCGACUGUCCUGGUCAUGCCGAUUAUAUCAAAAACAUGAUCACUGGCGCCGCUCAACUCGAUGGUGCCAUCAUCGUUGUCUCCGCUACCGAUGGUCAAAUGCCUCAAACCCGAGAACAUCUCCUCCUCGCUCGUCAAGUCGGUAUCAAAAAACUCGUUGUGUUCAUCAACAAGGUCGACCAAGUGGAUGACCCAGAAAUGUUGGAGCUGGUAGAAAUGGAAAUGCGCGAAUUACUUGGUCAAUAUGGAUAUGAUGGAGAGAACACACCGAUUGUCAUGGGCACUGCUUUGGCGGCUCUGGAGGGGAAAGAUCCAGAGAGAGGCUCGCAGAAAAUCCAGGAAUUGAUGAAUGCUGCUGAUACUUGGUUGGAUGUACCAGCUCGUGAUCUCGACAAACCAUUCUUGAUGUACGUCGAGGACGUGUUCUCCAUCUCUGGUCGUGGUACCGUCGUCACUGGCAAAGUCGAACGAGGGACCAUCACCAAGGGAGCUGAAGUGGAAAUUGUUGGUCUGGGGACUUCACUCAAAACGACUUUGACAGGUAUUGAAAUGUUCCACAAGGAGCUCGAACGCGGUGAGGCAGGCGACAAUAUGGGUGCUCUCUUGCGAGGUAUCAAGCGUGAACAAGUACGCAGAGGUCAAGUUUUGGUCGCUCCGGGCUCGAUCAAGAGUGUCAAAAAGUUCAAGGCGCAGAUCUAUGUCCUCACUAAAGAUGAAGGUGGACGUUACACUCCCUUCAUGGCCCACUACCGACCUCAGCUGUUCAUCCGUACGACCGACGUUACCGUAUCUCUCACUUUUCCCGAAGGCACCCCAAAUGCUUUCGAGAAGCUCGUGAUGCCCGGAGACACUGUUGAAAUGAUCGGAGAGCUCGUGCAUGACAUCGCCCUUGAACAAGGUAGUCGUUUUACAUUGCGUGAAGGAGGUAAAACUGUUGGGACUGGUAUCGUCUCCGAGAUCUACACUUAGAACUACGGAAGAGAGGUCUCAUUUGUGAUUCACAUUUGCAUAUGCACAGGAAAUCUCCCCUCCUAAAUCGAAACAAUGCAAUUGAUGUUACAAGAUU